GAGAGGGAGAGGUGAAGUACUGGAAUAAAAAACACAACAAAUAGAGAUAAAGCAGUGUUCUUGCAUCCAGUGCUGACUGGAGACGAAGCAUUUUGUGAAGCCAAUAGGAAUAAGUGGACAUACGGCACAGAGAGAGAAAGAAAGAUGGCUGAGGCCCCGAAGAUUGAACUCUUUGUUAAGGCUAGUGUUGACGCUGAGAGUGUGGGGAACUGUCCUUUCUGUCAGAGACUCUUCAUGAUUCUUUGGUUAAAAGGGGCCAACUUUACCCUCACCACUGUGGACAUGAAGAGGGCCCCUGAAGUGCUGAAGGCUCUGGCUCCCGGCUCUCAGCCUCCUUUCCUCAUCUUCGGCGAUGAGGUCAAAACGGACAUUAACAAGAUUGAGGAGUUCCUGGAGGAAAGAUUAGCCCCACCAGAGUAUCCAAAAUUGUGCUGUCGAUACAAAGAGUCCAACGGUGCCGGAGAAGACAUCUUCAGAAAAUUCUCAGGAUAUAUAAAGAAUCCCAAUCCUGGAUUAAAUAGCAUGCUAGAGACGAAAUUUCUGUCCACUCUGGUGAAGCUGAACAUGUACCUAGAGACGCCUCUCGCUCACGAGCUGGACCAGACGAGUGCCACUCAGUCUUCACGCCUCUACCUGGACGGUGACACCCUCACCUUGGCAGACUGCAACUUGCUUCCCAAACUCAACAUUGUCAAGGUGGUGUGUAAGAAGUACCGCGACUUUGCCAUCCCUAAAGAACUGAAAGGUCUGACACGUUACCUGGAUAAUGCCUACAAACAAGAUCAGUUUCGUUACACCUGCCCGAAUGAGUCAGAGAUCCUCAUUGCCUACCACUCUGUGGCAAAGUACCUGAACAAAUAA